AUGGCGGCUACAGCAGCAGCAGAAACAACAGCAGAAGCCGCAGUAGCAGCAGCGAGCACCGACAGACCGCAACCAGGCAGCGGCAACAGCAGCAGCGACCACUGGGAAGCGGCGACCAGGUGGAAGCAGCAGCAGCAGCAGCAGCAGCACGAGCACCGGGAGACGGUGACCAGGUGGCGGCGGCAGCAGCAGAAGCAGCAGCAGCGAGCACCGGGAGACACCCAGGCGCCGGCGGCAGCAGCAGCAGCAGCAGCAGCAGCAGCAGCGAUCACCGGGAGAUGGCAACCAGACGGUGGCGGCAGCAGCAGCAGGAGCAGCGGGCACUGGGAGCAACAGCAGCACCAACCUCUGGGAAGAGGCGACCAGGAGGCAGCUGCAGCAGCAGCAGUAGUAGCGAGCACCGGGAGGCAGGGACCAGGAGGGAGAGGCAGCAGCAGCAGCAGCAGCAUCGAGCACUGGAGGUGGCGUCCAGGUGGCAGAGGCAGUAGCAGCGAGCACCGGGAGGCGGGGACGAGGAGGUGGAGGAAGCAGCAGCAGCAGCAUCGAGCACUGGGAGGCGGCGUCCAGGUGGCGGAGGAAUUAGCAGCAGCAGCGACCUCUGCGGGCGGCGGCCAGGAGGUGGAGACAGCAGCAGCAGCCACAACGAGCACUGGGAGGCAGCAACCAGCCAGCGAAGGCAACAGCAGCUGCAUCAGCGCACAGCGGCACGCGGCGACCAUGUGGCGGAUGCAGCAGCAGCAGCAGCAGCAUCGAGCACUGGGAGGCUUGACCAGGUGGCAGAGGCAGCAGCAGCAGCCGCACCAACCACUGGGAGGUGGCGACCAGGAAGUGGGUGUAGCAGCAGCAGUAGCGAGCACUGGGAGGGGUAGACCAGGAGGCAGAGACAGCAGCAAAGAGUACUGGGAGGUGGCGACCAGAUGGCGAAGGAAGCAGCACCGACCUCUGCGAGGCGGCGACCAGGACGUGAAGGCAGUAGCUGCAGCAGCAGCAGCAGCAGCAGCGAGCACUGGGAGGUCUCGACCAGGCGGCAGAGGCAGCUGCAGCAAAAGCACCGAUGACUGGGAUGCAACGACCGGGAGGCCGAGGCAGCAGCAGCGAGCACUUGGAGGGAACGACCAGGAGGCAGAGGCAGGAGAUAGCAACAGCAGUAGCAGCGAGCACUGGGAGGUGGCGACCACGAGCAGCUGCAGUAGCAGCGAGCACCAGGAGGUGGGGACCAGGAAGCAGAGGCAGCUGCAGCAGCAGCAGCAGCGAGCACCGGGAGGCUACGACAAGGCGGCGGAGGCAGCAGGAGGAGCAGCAGCAAGCACUGGGAGGCGGCAACUAGGAGGCUUAGGCAGCAGCAGUAGAAGCACCGACGACUGGGAGGCGGUGACCGGGAGGCGAAGGCAGCAGCAGCAGCAACAGAGAGCGCUGGGAGGCGGCGGCCAGGCGGUGGAGGCAGCAGCAGCAGCUGCAGAAGCGAGUUCUGGGAGGCCGCGACUAGGUGGCAGAGGCAGCAGCAGCAGCAGCACCAACCACUGUGAGGCGGCGACCAGGAGGCGGGGGCAGCAGCAGCAGCAGCAGCAGCGAACACUGGGAGGCCGCGACCAUGAGGCAGAGGUAGUAGUAGCAGCAGUAGCAGCGAGCACUGGGAGGCAGGGACCAGGAGGCAGAGGCAGCAGCAGCAGCAGCAGCAAGCACUGGGAGGCAGCGAGCAGGCGGCGGUUGCAGCAGAAGCAGCCAAGACUGGGAGGCGACAACAGGGAGGCGAAGGCAGCAGCAGCAGCAGCAGCGAACACUGGGAGGCCGCGACCAUGA